CAGCCGCGGAGGGACUUUAUUAUUGGUGAUUUUAAAAAUAUAAUUUGCAUCGUGGUUUUACAAAAAUAAACCAGUUUUUAAUUUUACGCUCUGAUCUUAUGUAUGUGUUUUAUGCUAAACGAAUGCAUCAAUUGAUCGACUUGAAGUUCCCCUCCCAGCCCCAGUUCCAGUAUCAAACCCUUUCUAUAUAAUUACAAUAGAGACUAUCGAUAAGUCAAAAUUGAUAUGCACUAGCGGCACUAGUUAUUUUAGUUUGUUUCCGGCCGGUGUCUGCUGUGGUGCUCUGUCUCACUGGCGAAAUAUAUAGGUACCUGAAAUACGGAGUAACGGAGUAUUAAAUUACAAAAAGUACUAAAUUGCCUUCACAUACACGAAGAAAGAUUGUGAAAAUAACAAUGUUACGAAAUAUUAGUAAACUCUUGCAGACGCAAACAGUGAAAUUCUCUUCGGCGACUGCACCUGCACCGAACACCAACCCAGAAGUAUUUUAUACCGGCCUAUUUAUCAAUAAUGAAUGGGUCAAGUCAUCAGAUGGCAAAACUUUCAAGACUGAAAAUCCUUCAACUGGCGAAGUGAUAGCAGAAGUACAGCAGGCUGGCAAAGCUGAUGUUGACAAAGCUGUUCAAGCAGCAAAAGAUGCCUUUAAGCUGGGAUCACCAUGGCGAACAAUGGAUGCUUCACAGAGGGGUGUAAUCAUCAACAGACUUGCUGAUCUUAUUGAGAGGGACAGAAAUUAUUUGUCUAGUCUGGAGACGCUGGACAAUGGCAAGCCGUUCAUGGCCGCGUACUACGGCGACGUUGCGGCGAUGAUCAAGAACCUGCGCUACUACGCCGGCUGGGCAGACAAGAACCACGGCCGCGUGCUGCCCACUGAUGGCAAAUACUUGGCCUACACGCGACACGAGCCCGUCGGUGUGUGCGGUCAGAUAAUUCCUUGGAACUUCCCCCUUUUGAUGGCGUCUUGGAAGCUCGGACCGGCGUUGGCCACCGGCAACACAGUCGUCAUGAAACCGGCCGAGCAAACCCCGCUCACUGCACUAUACGUGGCACAACUGUGCAAGGAAGCAGGCUUCCCCCCGGGCGUAGUGAACAUGUUGCCGGGCCACGGGGACGCGGGCGCCGCACUCGUGGACCACCCGCAUGUCGACAAGAUCGCCUUCACUGGCUCAACGGAAGUGGGCAAGUUGAUCCAGCGCGGUGCGGCCGGCUCACUAAAGCGUAUAACGCUAGAAUUGGGCGGAAAGUCGCCAAACAUUAUAUUCGGAGACGUCGAUUUAGAAAAGGCAGUUGAAGCGGCACAUUUCGCUCUGUUCUACAAUAUGGGACAGUGUUGUACUGCAGGAUCUCGCACAUUCGUGGAGGCAUCGAUAUACGACAAAUUCGUGGAGUUAUCCGCCGAACGAGCUAAGGCCCGCGUGGUGGGGGACCCCUUCAGGCUUGACGUGGAGCAAGGGCCGCAGAUUGACGCAGAGCAGCACGCUAAAAUCCUUAGCCUCAUAGAGAGCGGUAAACAACAAGGCGCCAAGCUCGUGGCGGGAGGAAGUAGCGCGGGAGAUCGCGGAUAUUUCGUCCAACCAACUGUGUUCAGCGAUGUAAAAGAUGACAUGGAUAUCGCCAAAACUGAGAUCUUCGGUCCAGUGCAGCAGAUAAUAAAGUUCUCGUCCAUAGAAGAGGUGGUGGAGCGCGCCAACAACACGGAGUACGGACUAGCUGCCGCCAUCUUCAGCAACGAUUUGGACCGCGUCAACUACAUGGUGCAGGCGAUCCGCGCGGGCACAGUAUGGGUGAACGACUAUCACGUGUUCGGUAACCAAGUGCCAUUCGGCGGGUUCAAGCAAUCCGGUAUCGGCCGCGAGAACGGACCAUACUCUCUCAACAACUACACUGAAGUUAAGGCGAUCGUCAUCAAACUCACUGACAAAUUCUCGUAGACGGAGACUCUGACUUGUUUUGUGAUUAGAUUAUACUUUAUUCAAAUUGUCUUAUUGAAAUCUCUUUUGAAUGGUCCAAUUUCAGAGGGUCAAUUGCCUAACGGGAUUGCUAUGGCUAUCGCUUACCUAUUUGUUUUGUUAUUUCUGACCACCGAAGGUUUUCAAAUACCUCACGCUCAUUUUCUUUAAUAUUGUUAUUACCAAUGCAACAGAAAAAGACGAACGCGAGGCAUUUGCAAAACCUUCGGCGGUCAGUAAUAAGAAAAUGAAAUCGUAAGAGAUAGCGAUAGCCACAGCAAUCCCGUUAGGUGAUUGACCCCCAGGACUUAUUUUAGCUGAUGAGAAGAAUGGGCGCAUGAAACUCGUCAGCAUAUUUCAACAGUAGCAACACUUACAAAAAAUCAUCAUUGCGGUAUGUAACAAGGCCUAAUGCUUCCAUAAUUAAAAAUGUCACAAAUUAUGGCAAACAUCGUGCGGCAUAGCAACACAUUGCUUAAUAUGGCAAAUUGUCGCAACUUGUAUACGAACAUGAUGGAUUACAUGGCACAUAUUUGAUGCGACAAAACAUUUGUUUUUGAAAAUGUAAAGGGAGUGACGUUACUCAAAUUACAUUUGUAUUUUAAUGAAAUAAUAAGUUAUUAUUAGCCCAAGCCUAUUCUUCGUUUAUUGAAUAAAGGGUUUAAGGUGCAAUCGACUAGCUAAACAGGCUAGAAACACUUUCUGUACAUUUUAACGUUAGCUUUUAAAGCUUGGAAAUCAAACUUUAUUACAUUUAACCAUGGCAUUUAGUUAGCAAAUGCUAGAAUUUGUGGAAACCUCCAGAUAAUGUAUCAGUGCUCGUACAGUUUUGAUAGCAACCAUUUUAUAAUCUCAUUCUGCCAUAGAGCAGCCAA